UUUCAAUUUUUAAAAGAUGUACUGUAUUAAAAAUUAACUUGGGAUGGAGACGUACGAUGAGUGGGUGAAGGAAAUGAGAGAGAUAAAAGAAGAAUGAUCAAAAUAAGUAAGUGCUAUUAUAAAUACAGCCAACCCCUUUCUCUCUUCUUCUUGGACACACACAAACACAGACACAAGCACACGCACACGCACACGCACGAGUGAGUGAGUGAGAGAUGUUUGCCGUGGAGAAUGGGUUGCAGGGAGACCCAAGAUUAAAGGCCAUCUCCGACGCCAUUCGUGUCAUUCCUCACUUCCCCAAGACUGGGAUCAUGUUUCAGGACAUAACAACUUUGUUGCUGGAUCCAGUUGCCUUCAAACAUGUCGUUGAUAUCUUCGUUGAUCGUUACGAGCACAUGAACAUCUCUCUCGUCGCCGGAGUAGAGGCGAGAGGAUUCAUAUUUGGACCUCCCAUCGCGUUAGCCAUAGGUGCCAAGUUCAUUCCACUGCGCAAACCGGGAAAACUACCCGGGAAAGUGAUAAGCGAAGAGUACGAGCUUGAGUAUGGAAGAGAUCGUCUAGAGAUGAGUGUGGAGGCUGUCAAAUCCGACGAAAGAGCUCUCGUCAUCGACGAUUUAGUUGCCACUGGUGGGACACUCUCUGCUUCCAUUAGCCUCUUGGAGCGCGCCGGGGCCGAAGUUGUAGAGUGUGCAUGCGUUGUUGGUUUGCCUAAGUUUAAGGGGCAAUGUAAGCUGAAGGGAAAGCCGUUGUACGUUCUGGUGGAGCCAAGCCAGUUUGAUGAAUUAACAACCUUAUAAGCAAGCGUUUUUCUAUUCGGUCGUCGAUGUAAUGAUUUUGUAACUAGGGAUUGAAUGAUUAUAUUCUCUAAUAUAGUCUCGGCUCCAUGUGGAAUGAAUGAUUUAUGCUGCCUAGUUACAAUCUAAAAUGAAGCUGGCCUUAGUUCAAAGUUUGUUGUUUUAACAUCUCAUCUAAAAAUAAGUGAAAGUUGGAAUUUAUCA